ACCCCAUGGGCAACCCCAUGGGCGGCCCCAUGGGCGGCCCCAUCGGCCCCAUGGGCUGUCCCGCUGCGGGAUGCGACGCUUCACUCGACGUGACCGUGACCGACGGCUCCAUGGGAGACGGCUUUAGCUGUCCGAUGCCUCCUGGCGCGGUUCCCGCGCCCAACGGCGCAACAGUGCAGACUUUGCCUCCCUUAGCUGGUCCAGGAGACAUGAAGGAAGAAGUCCUGAAGUUCUGCGAAAAGUACGAGUUGAACGAGGACAAUCAGAAAGCAGUGACCGCGUCUUUGGAGAAGCGUCUUGGCGAAUAGGCCACUGACGCUUGUUGCAGAGGCCAUCGCUCUGAGGUUGGCCAUCGCUAGUAGGAGGACAUUCAGCAGAACAUUUGCAGCAGAACAUCGCAACAAGCUUGUUCCAUCACUUGCGUGCCCGCAGGUGUGGGGAGGCGUGGGCGCAAGACCUGCGUGAGCUAGAUCAUGCGCUUUCAAAGGCGCGGAAUCCCUCAACGCUCUUGCAAGCGAGGCUUCGAGAGAUUGAAGCCUUAAGAGGUUUCAAAAACAAGGCCAAGCAAGGCCACCUUCCUGGUUGCAUGUGCCCCACUUGCAAGGAAGCGAACUUUGCUCGGGCUUUGGGCGAAGGAGGCAGCAACGAGGCCAAGACGCUGAACGCAGCCGCCCUCUUUGCUUACCAAAAUGAGCAGGAAGUCAGUGGCGGUGCUGGCCCCAGUGAAGAGCCUGAGAGCGCCUUCGCGAUGCCAAUGGACAAGAAAGGCAAGGGCAAGGGCAAGCCCUUGGUCUUACCCACUGGAGAUCUACUUCCAGAGGUGAAGGCCUUUUGUGCUCGCUUUGCACUUGCAGAUCGACUGCAGACAAAGGUUCUGGACACGCUCAGAAAGCGAUCGGAAGCCGAGUGGAGACAAGACCUGGCAGAAAUGAAUCGGGAUUUAUCCAAAGCGCGGAAUCCUUCUGGUUUGCUGGUGGUCAAGCUGGGCGACAUCCAGAAAGAGCUGAACCCCAAUCAGUUGUGCUUCAACUACCGAGCAGGUACAUGCACUUGGGGUGACAAGUGCAGAUGGUCCCAUGAUGUGGCCGUGGGUGCGGAGCGCAUGAAGUCCUCCGCGCUGCUCGCGGCCGCCGCCAAGGGCACGAUCGCGUCCUUGCCCACGCCACCACCGGAAGUCUCUACAACUCCUCAUGGUGGUUUCGGCAACACCUCUGCCUCCUCGGCAACUCCCGGCUUUGGAGAGGCUGCCAGCAAGGUAGACAAGAUCUUGAGACGGAGGAGGAGGAGCUCGCCUAGCCGCAGCCGUGAAGGCCGUGAUGGUCCCUUUGCCCGUGAUGGCUUUGAGAGUCGCCCUCCACGCAGCCCUUCACGCAGCCCUCCACGCAGCCCUCCACGCAGUCCACCGCCGAGUGCUCCGCGCAGUCGCAGCCGCGAGGGCGCCUAUGGCACCUAUCCCCGCGACGCCUAUCCACGUGAGAGAAGUCGGGACGGAGAAGUCCUUUUUCCCUCGGGCGAUCGCAGGAGAAGUCCUCUGCGCCGGAGUCCUCGCCCACCGCGCAGCCGCAGUCGGGAUCGGAGCUAUUUCGAGGUCCGGCUCCGGGGUCGGAGUCCUCCACCGCGGAGUCCUCUGCCGCGGAGUCCGCCGCCGCGGAGUCCGCCCCGUCAUCCACUGCCUCGGAGGGAUAGCCGCGAUGGCCGUCCCCUGGAUAGGCGGAGGCGUGGAGCUUGGGAAUGAUGGACGGCCGUGAGAGUUGGGAUGGGCCUGCUGGGGCCGAACCUUAAUGGUUUUUCUUAGUCUUUGAUCUACG